AUGUUGUUUCUUCCUCCUGGUGUCGAGCUCUCAGAAGAUGUCGUCGAAAUUCUGGUCACACCUGAUACCAACACAUUCAUUUAUGGGCCGAAUUUACACAAAGAUCUGGUUUCCCGUUGGCAAAAAGCUGUGGCCGCGGGGUUGUCUGAAGAGGACAAAAAGGAACUUUGCAACAAAAGGCCGCAUCGAAUAGCCUCUACUCAAACUAUCAGCAGAUGGUUAAAAACUAUGUUAUUAAAGAGUGGUACAGACAUAAGUUCUUUUUGUGCUCAGAGCACUAGACAUUCAGCUACUUCUACCGCCUCCAGGAAAGGGAUAAGCUAUGAUAGCAUCCGGUUGGCCGCGGGGUGGACGGAAAAAUCUAAAACAUUCGCAAGAUUUUAUCAAAAACCAUUAGUUUCUAAUUACAGAACCAUGCCUAAACCGCAAUAUACUCAAAAGUUUCGAGACGCAUGGUUAAAGGACCCUAGUUUAAAAGAAUGGCUGUUGGUUAUUGACAGCACUUUAGGAAGGGAAGCUAAAUGCAAAUUUUGUAGUAAAAUAAUUACGAGUCAUUACGCCGACCUUAAGAGCCAUGAAAAGUUGUAG